AUGAUUGAAUUCAACGGAGAUUUCGAAAACGGAUUUGUUGACUAUGUACCGACAAAAGCAAACUUCUUCAAUAGAGGAUGCCCCAGCUAUUUUAUUAUGGAAGCCGACGUAGUUGAUCCAAAUCUUCGUCAACAGCAAAUUAUGGAUCCCAUUGAAGUUGAAGUACUUAAUCAGUUCUGUAACAUCCCUGACCUCAAGGAUAGCAUGAUUCGCUUCUAUAAUGCUAUACCUGCGUCAGUGCAAAGGUUUGCAAAGUGGGAAUCAAACUUCAGAGAACACUCAGAUAGUCUGUCGUUUUAUCGAACACUGUUACAGUACAGUAACAGUCUGCAUGUUCCGGAUGAGGUCCAGCAGGCCAUAAAAUGCGUCCUCAUCCUCCCCGCAAGCAACGCCGAUCCCGAGCGCAGUAUCUCUGCUGCUAACAGGCUCUCUAGAGAGGAAAGGAGUAACAUAAAGACGGAGUCUCUAGAUAACAUCAUGACGGUGCAGCGUAAUGGGCCUAGCAUCCUAACAGUCAAACUUUUACAGUUAGCACUCCAAUGGAUGCAUCCUGUACCGGGACGUGGGCUCGAUCCGGGUAUGCCAUCGAAUCUAGCUAGAGAAGGCAGCCUCAUGAAAGCAGUAAAAGAAAACAUUGCAAAAGGAGAUGCAUAUGAGUUGGCCAAGCUCCAUGUAAGGCGCCACAUGGCGGUUCACGGUCUAAAUGCACGAAAGGACACAGAGGAAAUUAAGAACCGGCUGUUGCAAAAAGAACUUGCUAAGAUGAACAUUUUUUCAAUCGGAUCUUCUAAGAAAACAGACUGA